GCAGCAUAAUUCGCCAAGAUGAAGAAUCUAUCGUUUAUUGCAGCUGUUGCUGUAAUUGCGACUCUAUGUCUGGGCAUAGCGGGAAAUCCAUCCCCACCUAUCAUCGAUCCAGCUUUCUUACAACCAGUAAUGCAUAUGUUUAUCCGUGUGUCGGUGGCUUAUAUAAAAGGAACUUUUCUGGAAGAAUUGAAAUUUGAACAUGUGGAAAAAUGUGCGCACAGAUGUAUGAAUAAUACUAAAUGUAAAUCAUUUAACUUCGAUGAUCUCGUAAAAACUUGUCAGCUAUAUUCUAUCAGUGCUGCAACUGGUAUCACUUUGACACCUAGUGAAUGUCCGUACAGGGAGUACUACCAACGAAUCGACAGUAAAACUGUUGUUAUCUACGGUGCAACUAUAGUGACGUGUAUUCAUAUUUCUGAGUACAGUAACAUUAAAACAGAAGGUGAAUGUGAAACCCUGCGUAUUAAAAAGAACUAUACAGCAAUGGAAUACUCAAAAUUCUUCAAGGGCUGUGGUGUUACUCACAAUGCGGAAAAGACAUACGGUUUGACUGGUAACAUAUUCUGGAAAUUUAAGCUAAUGUUGGAUGAAAUUCCGAAAAUGACUAAGGCUGUUAAUUGACGCAAGCUGUUUUCUUCGGGACAUGACUUCUUCUCUAACGAUUAUUGAAAAAGUUUAACAACAUAUACUCAUAAUAAUAUGUCAAUACAUAUACCCACACACGCGCAUACAUAAUAUAUAGGCGUGUAUAUAAAACACACACACACACACACACACACACACAC